UUGAUAAUUAAUUAAUAAUAAUUAAGAUCUAAAAAGAAUAUUAAUUAGAAUAAACACAAUAGCUUUUUAAAAAUGGCCGAAGUUGAUUAAAACAGCUUUGAAUAAUUAAAAAUUGAAUUUAAUAAAGCUAGAGAAAAUGUAUCACGUAUUUUCGAAUAAUAAUAGGCUAAGAAUAAGCAAAAGUUUGAAGAUUUUGAUAAUAUUGAAAAAGAUUAAACAGAAGAGGGAAAAUAAAAAAGAAGAAAGAUUUACCUAUCAUUAAAUUCUUUUAUGAGAGAUUCUAAAGAAAAUUCAGCAAAAUUAGAAAAAUUUUUAAAAAUUUAUGAUAAUUAUAUUGAAGCUUUAGAGGGAGAGUUAAAUAAAAUAAAAUAAGAGUAAGCAGGUGAUUAAAAUAAAUAAGCUGAUUAGCCAAUCAAAAAAGAUCCUAGCUAAGAUAAAUUUGACAAUCAUGAUCAACAAUAAAGAUAAGAUUAGCAAAAUAGAGGAUCUCCACAAGUAUCACAUAAUUAAUAAGGAUUAGAAGCAAAUGUAGGAAAUAAUUAAGAUGAGAAAGAUUUAAUAAUUUAAUAAUUAAAAAUGGAAUUAGAUAUGAAAGAUAGAGAUUUAAUACUUGCUUCAGAUUUGAAAUAAUAAAACCAAGAAUUGCUUUCAAAUUUUGUCUACUUAGAAAGAGCAAAUUAAGAGCUUAAAUAAUAAUUAAGUCAAAAAAUGGAUUAUCAAAGAGGUAAUCAAGAAGAUGUCUUAAGGUUAAGAGAAGAAAUGGAACGUCUUAAGAGAGAAAAUCAAAUGUUCAUUGAGCAGUACGAGGCCCUAAAGUAAAAAUCUGAGUAAUAAGAGGGAAUGUUAGAAUAUAUAGUGGCAGAGAACUCCAGACUAAUAAUACAAAGUUUUGCUGUUUCUGAUAGAAAGUAUAAAAUAUGA